UCAAUUUGUUGCCUGAUCGCGUUUCUGUUUUUCAAGAUCAAGUCAGUGACAUCAUCUGAUGUGUGAUAUUGGGCUAACUUUAGAACACCAACUGAAAGGUAUUUCCAAGUUGUCGGAUUGGUUGCCUAACACGAAAGAGUUGCAGCAUUAGCUUAACAACAGAAUGUGACAAUUAAAAGCAGAUCAGUUGAUUAAAGAUGUGUAAGUAUGAUCAAGACAAGCUGCUUGGAGGCUCAGUAGUCAAUGUUGACCCUCUGGUAAUGAAAAUUUUUGGGACAUGGGAGAAGGAAGAAAUUCUUGCAGAAACCGGCAGCCUUUUCAUCAAAUGAAGCAGGAAGACCAAAUGCUGUAGAAUUUCUAGACUUCUGUACAAUUACAAAAAUGCAGUGCCUAAGUCAUCCCGUAUUCAACAUGCUAUGUGGUGGGUCUGAGAGCCCCGAGUCUCUCAGUAUUCUGUUUUCCCACAUUACACUUUUUCUUGUUUGCGUAUCAUUGUCCUAUAUAGGAUGCUUACCAAUGAACACCAGUUUAGUUGUAGUCAUUUUAUUUUGCAGAAAUGCGUGAUAGUUUGAUGUAAGAAAUACAUGGAUUGAAAGACAGGCGGACAGGCAAUUAUACAAUAGAAACACAGACAUGCAGAAACAAGUUGCAAAGUAAUCCCUUGGCAGUAGGAUUCAUAACCUGUCGGCCGGCCAGUUGUGUGCACGGUGCCAAAGUAAGAAUAGAUGACAAGCGUGCAGGUAACCAGGACUGUAGACAUGGGAUGGUAGACUGGUGUGUACGGAUAAGCAGAAAAAUGAAUGGAACAACGGUUGGUCAUUCAGAUGAAUUAAUUGUUUUGCCUUGUUUUGGCCAUUUGUAAUAUUUCUACUUUGAGUACGACAAACGGUAGCUUUAUAUUUUAGACUUUUUGUACAGUAAAUGAUAGUAUACAAAGCAAACUCGCACCAGUCAGUUGUUCAAACAAUGUUGGUUUACAUAUUGACUGUUCCAGGUUGUCUUAAGCUUGUAGCUGUCGCGUAUGAUUGAUGUAUGCAUGAUUGUAGAGGGCACCACAGGCAAACUACCGGGAAUGAAUGACAAAAUGGAGGCAGCUAGUGCGGAUAGUGCAUUAACUAGUAGCACAGACAUGCACAAUGGCUAACAAUGAGAGCCAAUUUUGGUGAUGUAAGUAAUUUUUUAUCAUUCAUAGGGGAUGCUGAUAGUUGCAAACAGAUUCCAUCUGCUAGUCAAAUGAAGGACACAGAAUGGUCUACUUGGAAUUGCAUCUUAGGGUUCCCUGUUGCUGGAAUUUGGCCUGAAGGAGCAGACGGCACUGAUAUCAAUGCUGUUGACAGAAGCAGGGAUCACAAACUAGUAGCUACAGCAGAUGACUUUGGACGAGUGAACGUUUUUGGGUGGCCCUGCUUUCAUGCCAAGAGUUACUUUAACAUUGCCAAAGGCCACAGCUCCCAUGUCACUUGCGUCCGUUUUCUUAGCGACAAUAUAACUGUCGUUUCAACUGGAGGCAAAGACACAGCGAUAAUGCAGUGGAACAUUGUUUGAUGGCAUCUUCCUAGAUUAGGUAUUGUGGAGAAAAGUAAUUCGUCUCCAUGCGGUGCAAAGCAUGAAUUGAUUGAAGUACUAGGGUUGCAAUUGCGUUAUAAUCUAUUGGCUGUUGAUUGUUUGUUAAAUGGAGUUUAGCAUGGUUGUCUUGCAUCUACUGUUGUGUGAUAAUAAAGUAUUUUUCUGCUGAGAAAUCAAGGUGUGCUUGCAU